GGACCCAUCAAAGCCAAAAAGAAUAUAUUGGGAUCUACAUGAGUCACACGAAACUGAAGAGAUUAACAAAUUAUGUGUUGUUAAAAAAAUUAUAGAAGGUACCGCUUGACUUCAUUUUCUAAAAUGGAAUAAUAAUUAUAAUUUUAUAAAUAAUAAUUAUAACUUUAUGAAAUUCGAAAUUGUAUGUUUGAUGUUAUUGAUUUUAAUUAAAUGUAAUGUAUAUUCUGUUCAGGGAAUUUUAGUUUUUAAUUAAUUUGAAAUUUAAUAUACUUAAAUAAAAUAUCACAUUAUUUCCCUUCACUUUUUUCAGCCUUCAAGGUCCAUCAUAAUAUUGGAGAUAGAAUUCCAGUGAACUUGCGUGCUACAUGGGUUUUUUUAUGCACAAGCCUAAAUUAUUAUGUCAAAGACAUUGAGAGACAUAUUAAGGUAUUGUAUGAACUUUUAGUUUAAAUUAUCAAUGUGUUCCUGCUAAUACGUAUUGGUAACUUGGAAAGAUAAUUGUUUUUGAAAAAAAAAAUACGUUAUUGCAUUUAAAAGUAUUUGCUUUGGCAUGAUAAAUGCAAAUUUAAAUGAAAGGGAAAUCGCUCUAUAUACGUAUUAUGUAAACUCCUCAAGAUUGUGAAAAUCUUAACAUCUUUUCUUUUGUUUUCUUUUUUUUCUUCUUUUUUUUCUCUAAGGAUAUGCUGUUGGAAAGCAAUUCUGAGGUAACACUCGAUUUGAUAUUAUAAAAUUAGAUAUUUGUCAAUAGAUAUACACCAUUUGAGUGAUUUAUGAAACAAACUGUAAAUUAUAGUUAUUGUUUAUAAUUAUUCCUUUUGAAAUAGUUGGUUCGAUAUCACGAUUUUUUCACCAGUAUUCUAGACUGGAUGCUUUCUCGCAAGUGCAAACGGUUUCUAAAAGCUUAAAAACAAGUGAGCUUUCUACCAGCACCGUAGGUGAAAGUGGAUGAUAAAGAAAAAUAGAUGAUCGCAUUUGACCUACUUGUAGAACUGUAAAAAGAUUGUUGUUACGUAAUGCCUUCUAUUUUGAGAAAUUAAUCUCUUAUUUAAAGUUAUUGGCUCGUUCUAAACAAUGCCUAACAAUGGACGAUACCAUACAGAAAUGCAAUAGCAAAAAUACGACACCCAAAACAGUACUAAUUACAAUUAAUAAGAUUUACUUAAGUAUUAAUAUAAUUACUAAAACAAAGAAACAUAAUUACAAUCAUCAACUUACAGAGUGUGAGAAGUCUUGUACCGGUACACAGUUAUACUAGUACAAUGUGCCAAUUUAUAAAGUACAAUGAUGAAUGCGAAUAAACACAUACGAGUAUACACAGAGUAAUACAAUUGUCUCGUGAAAUGAAAAAUAUCUAUCCAUCAAUCUCUCUCCUUAAUGUUCUUUGAAACCCUUAUAUAUGCAGCGUAAGACGCAUUCCAGAAAAGACUUAGACAUUGUUUACUUUUCUAGUGCAAUCGCGAACUUUCCAUAACAUACUAUGACAUAACUGAAACAGGUGUAGCCAAACUUCUCAAAAACCUGAAACCCAAUAAAGCGCCCGGACCUGACUGUAUCCCGAACUUUGUCCUGAAGACCCUGGCUGACAACAUUGCCUCAACCAUGACCCACAUUUUUCAAAAGUCGCUUGACUCCGGCAAACUCCCACUAGACUGUCUUGAUGAAACAUCACUAGUGCCUACAAGAAAGGUGACCGUCAUAACCCAGCAAACUACCGCCCAAUAUCCCUGACCUCCAUUCCAUGCAAAACCCUAGAGCACAUCAUCUAUCGCCACAUCAUGAACCACCUUGAACACUACAACAUUUUUUUCCGCUCUGGAUUCUCAACAGAAACUCAAUUAAUCAUCACCACCAAUCACCUCCUUGCCUCCUAUGACAAAGGUACUCAGGUCGACAUGUUAAUUCUCAAAUCUCCAAGGCCUUUGACGCUGUUCCACACAGCCUUCUUCUACAUAAGCUGCACCACUAUGGCAUUACCAUAAAUCUUCACUCAUGGCUCUUAACAUUCCUAACACAAAGUACCAUGCAAGUAGUGGCAGACCGCGUCCGAUUAGGGAAAUCCAACGUAGAAUCAGGAGUUCCACAAGGCUCAGUGCUGAGCCCCCAUUCUCUUUCUCUGUCAAAUAAACGACCUCCCUAUUACUGUAAAAUCUUAGGUUAGGCUGUUUGCAGAUGACUGUCUUGUCUACAGAGAGAUAAACGGCCAUGAUGACCACAACCACCUCCAAACAGAUUUGAAGUGCCUUAUGAAGUGGGCGAACAAAUGGGGCAUGAGAUUUAAUGAAACCAAAUCCUACUCAAUGACCAGCUAAAGAAAAAAAUCUUCAACCUAUAUGUACUCACUAGACAAUUCUCCAAGAAGUAUCAAAUAAUCCAUACCUUGGAAUUCUCUUCUCAAAUAAACUAAAAUGGUCACCCCAUAUAAACAAAUUUUAAAAUAAAGUAAACUCCAAACUAGGUUUCAUUCGAAGAAAUCUGCGCCAUUGCCCAACUUCCUGCAAACGAAUGCCUAUCUCGCACUCGUCCGCCCACUACUAGAAUAUGGUGCAAUCAUCUGGGACCCACACCUUAAGCAAGAAGUGGACACGAUGGAGCGAGUUCAACGUAACGCGGUGCGUUUCAUCGCACGAGAUUACAAAUCCACCAAUUCUGGCUUCGUCACUGGCCUCUUAAAAAGAUUUGACAUCCCCUACCUUAAAGACAUACGAGAGGGACUCCACCUGAUAUUCUUAUAUAAAGUGGUCAUGGGGCUGGUGCCGGCCAUCCCAGAAGGCACGUACCUCAACCCACAGAAGCCGGGUCGAUUGAUCAGAGCCAAACGCUCCCUGAACAAUGAUUUCAUAACUGACAACCCCAUAAAGAAUUACAUCCGAAACAUUAGCAAGUGCUUCACUGCGCCUCGAUGCACACAGUACAGUAUAAACAAUAUUCCUUCCCACGCACAAUAAUUGCUUGGAACAACCUGGACAAUGCCUCUGUGAACUCGACAUCGGUCGAAAGCUUCAAGGCUGCCCUGGUAUCUGCUAGGAGAUGUUAGACUAGCAACACCUUUCCCCCAACCGUUGCACAGAUGCCAGUAUAUGGAUGCUGCAAUGAACACUACCAGAACAAGAACCAGAAAUGUUAAAAUUUACGAGCUUACUUUUUAUUUAAUUUUAGCAAUUUAAAAAUAAAUUAUAUUUAUUAAUCUUACUUAUUUGAAGGGGAAAAUACAUAUUAGUUUUUUCACGAUCGGUUAUAAAAUCAAAGAAACUGAGAGCUGUGGCUAUAAUAGGCAAUAGCGAUGUGACCUCAGUUUUAUUUUUAUUUCGCAAUAUAGAAACGUACUAAAAAUAACAGAUGUUUGUGUUUACACGAUAAAUGUGAUUAUAAUGUAAUUCAUAGAUCAUAAUUUUUUAAAAUAAUUUUUCUCAUAACUUUUAAAUACAAAUAAAAUGCUUAAAAUAGUUCCUUGGUUGUUACUUUAAAUGUAUUUGUAAUUUAUAAUAGUAAUACUUAAACUUUUACUAAAAUGAAAGCCGAGAUAUAAUUUUUUUUUUCGCAUUUAAAGUUAUUUGAUUUCCGUAAAAUAAUAGAAUAUAACUAUGUUUGUUUUUAAGAAUCUUAAAAGAUCUAAAUAUUUUCAGUUCUUUGGAGUUACGGUCAGCAUCGCUAAUUCUUUUAUAUAUAUAUAUAUAUAUAUAUAUAUAUAUAUNUAUAUAUUAAAAUAGAUGUUAAUUGAAAUACGGAAUUUCAUCUUCCACGUUAUUUAUAUCUUUUCUAUGUUGUGAAGGAGAAUACAAAGAGAUCUGCUAUGCUAGCAAUCAGUUUGCACCGUCAACAGUUUUUAACUGAAUUGUGUAAAAAUGGAAUGAGUCUUAAAGCGAUGCUUUCCUCCCCAGGAUUUAUGAGUCGACUGUAUUCUAAGGUACCCUUAUUUCUGCACACCUUUAAUAUUAUACAAUUAAAUGAGUGCCAAUAUUCUUUUUUGUCUUAAUUUUUUUCCCUCGGAGCAAUCCAACUUAUAACAUCAAAAGAAUAUUUAUUUAUUUUUUUUUUACAUUUCUUUUACAGGCAUCGUGGAGAGAGUAUGCCGAUAUCAAAGAGGUAUUCUUGUAAAAAAAUUAAAAAUCACUGCCUAGAUUAUAACUUAGUGAGCUUCUAGUGCAGGAAAAAGUAUUUUUUUUAUUAAAAAAAAAGAAUUAUUACAUUUUUUUUUAAAAAUCCAUAGAUUUUUUUUAAAAAGAACAUGUUAAAGAUAACGUAAAGAAGACAAAAUAUGCUUUUCAUUUUAAAAAAUGUUUUCUAGGGUAGAGGCCUACAAAAGAGUCACAUUGAGUCAAACCUGAAACGCCACAUAGAACUAAACAUUGGCUCCAUAGACGACGGAGGUAAAACAACAUUAUCCUUUUUGUAAGCGUAUAAAUAGCAAUGUGGUUAGUGGUUAAUUUUGACUUUUUAUUUAAUUGGCUUGGAAGCUAACAUAUUUCUAUUAUUAUUACUUUGUUAAGACAACACAAGAAUUGAAUAAUCAUUUAUCAUUAUUAAAUGUAUUUACUUAAUGCAACAGUGUCAUGGAUUAUUUUUGAACAAUUUCCCGUGUACUUUAUCGGUGCAUAUAUUUUAUUGGGUUAUACAUUAUUGAAGAGUUACCAUAUAACAGUGCUGAACAAUGAUUCCGGGGAAAUUUUUAUUUAUUUUAUGUGUGCACGUUCCAAAACCUCCACGUUCCAAAACCCUGUCAUGCCAAAGAAUGCGUAAAAUGCGACGCAGACAUCUUUGAUGGAAGCUGUUGAGUUUCCGCUCCUGAGUGGUACAUGUGGUCCACACUUUGCUUCCAUAUAGGAGCGUGCUAAGCACUCAUGCCUGAUAGACACUUAUUUUUGUUUUAUCAGGUAGAUUGAGCUUAUGCCACACCAGCUUAUUCAGUUUAGCCAUAGUUGCUGCUGCUUUUGCAACCCUGAUAUUUAUAUCUUCAUCAACGGCGAGAGAACUAGAAAUAUUGGAUCCCAGCUUGGGCGCCCGCAGGGAAAGACAAGGGGGGGGCACUUGCCUCCCCCUGGAUUGAUUGGAUAAAAAAAAUUUUAGACAAAAAUAGACCAAAAAUGUAUUAAAGUAAAGAGAAAAUAAAGAGAAAGUAACCAAGCUGAUGUCCUGUCCUUUCGUUCACUAUACAAAUACGCUACACUAAAUUAAAACUACCUUAAAACAUUACUAAAAAAUGUUUGCCCCCCCCCCCCCCCCUGAAAAGUUAAUCGAUUUUUUUGCCCACCCCUCCCUAGAAAGUUUUCUGCGGGCGCCAAUGGAUUCCAGGUAAAUGAAAUGAUCAACAACCGAAAGAUCAUGACCCUCAAUAGAUAUGAUUGGUGGGGACGGUGCUUCUUCCUUAACGUAACAUUGUAUAAAAAUAAAGGGGACCGAAGUGAUUGCAAUAACUGCCGAGGCAUUUCUCUCCUUAGCUUAGUUGGAAAGACUUUUGCCCGUGUUGCCCUUAAACGAUUACAGAGCCUUGGGAACCGCAUAUAUAUAUAUAUUAGAAUAAGCCAAUGACUUUGCUUACGUUCUGGUCAUUACCAUGAAAAAUAAAAAAUCUCCGGAAUCAGACCAAACAGCGUGCACAUCUUUUUUAAUAGUCGCGUAAAAUUAAGCUCCAUUUUUUAAAUGGGAUUCCUUAAAACAUUGAAACAGCAUUUUAUUUAUUAUUUAUUUAACGAAAAUCUCAUCAAUAUAUAUUGUAUAUAUAUAUAUAUAAAAAAUUUGUCUGUGUGAUCUUUUGAAUAGUUCCACUUGAAGAACCUGAACUGUUAUUUAUAACAUCUGUCCUUGAGUCGAAACUGGAAGUGUCUAUUCUGUAUUGGUCACAUGUUCGCGUAAGUUGAAAUAAUGUCUUGAGAUCGAAAGAUUGAAUUUUAUACUUUCUCCUUUUUUUCCUUUGUAAAGUUUGUAAAAAUAACUAUGAUAAUGAGGUUUAAGUUUUUUAAUGUAAUAACUAAAGAUAAAUAUUUUUUUUUUAAAUAUAUGUUGGGUUUUUAGCAUCCACUUGCAGCAGCUCUAAUAGCUUAUGGGAUCUUCAAAGCGAUGCGGAAUUCUAGAUCCAAUGAUCAAAAGAUUUUAAAGGAAAACAUGGUGUAAGUUUAACAAUACAUUUUUUAAAAAAUCGAAUAAUGUGUAUAGCCUGUACUAAUAUAGUCAUUUAUCUCACGCUUCCUUUCAUAUCUCUCCGGUAUGUGAAUUUGUGUAGAUAUAGAAAAUUAGAUAUUGUAUAAAUAUAUCAAGAAAUAUUUUCCAAACUCUUUUUAUUCCGGUGGUAAUUUUUUUUUUAAUACACAUUUUUAAGUGCACUAAUGUGUUUUGUUUCAAUAUAUCAAACACUCAUUUCCAGCGUUGGGCACAACAGAUAUGAAUGGAUGCUGGUAACAAAAUAAUAUCUGCAAUUUCUUUUGAAAUUAAAUUUUAUUAACUAGACCGGGGGGGGGGGUCAGAUUAGCCAUAAAGCAAUUAAUUCAAUUGCUUAAGAUCUAAUAUAAAUCAUUAAAAUAGCUGUUGAUUGUUUCUAAUUUUCUAUUUAGUUUUAGGGAUAUAUUUUUAAAAAGAUGAAAAAAAACAAUUAUCUCAUUAGCAUUGGCUUCUAACACUAUUUAUUUAUACCGAACAGUAGUGUGAAACAAAAUUACGGAACCAGCUUCCAUCCAAAACCUGUUUUUGCAGGAUUCUGAAUGAUUUUCUAUUGGCACGCCCAAGGUAGCAUUUGAUUAAUCACCACCAUACCACAUACAGAUCCUGCUUUGGGACUGUAAAUGUAUCUUCAGUCAGCUGUUAGCUGAAGAUGGGACAAAACCUUGUCGUAAUUGAGAUGGUGUAUACACUAAAUCCAUUUAGAAUAACGCCAAAAGAAUAUUUUUUUUAAAAACAAAUUUGCGGAAUAUCUAUUUCGUAUUCAACUGGGGCUUAUUUGUUUUGUUUCUAUAUUUCAGGUCGUAUAAGAGCUCUAGCAAACCUCCGUUUUGUGCUAUUGACCUAUGUCAAAAAACAUUUUGAUCUCAGCGAUCAAGUUGACACAAACUAGCACUAACAACAUAUGCGAUACCUUAAUUAUUUUUUUUAAAGUACAUACAUUAGAGAAACAUAAGUUUCAACGUUAGAUUUGAAAAUUUAACUUGUAAACUUUGAGUCGAAAAUAUUGAAUAAAGUCUUAAUUUUUUUAAAACAGCAUUUGCUCCUUUACUACAUUGAAAGUGUGGCGGAACCACGUUCAAGUUCGAUGAUCUAUCAUAGUAACUGAUCAACCAAACGAUUCAAAUGCGACUUUAAAUUUAUAUUUGUUUUUUAGUUUGUUUCCAAGUUUAAUCAAAAAUAAAAUAUGUAUAAUUUGUUUACAAAUUAUAUUUUCCAGUGCUUAUUUGAGUUCUUUUGAUGUUAUGUUUGCUCAAGGCAUACAAGAAGUAAAUCCGGCUCUGCAUUUAAAUAAACUAUCGUCUAAUUAUUAAAAAUAAAAAUUAGAGAAACUUGUCACCGUUCUAAAAAGCCAUAUCUAGUGUUAAUCAAUUAAAAAAACACAUUUAAGGCUUCUAACGCUCUGACAGAUUUUAUUUUUAGUAAAAUAUGACUCUUCAUAAAAAUAUAUAGCAUGCAUCUAAAAUUUGUUUUAAAGUUUUAGUAGUUAUACUUUACUUUAAUUAUUUUACUUUUUUCUAAAUCUGUGUAGUACAUAUAGAAAACUUGCCAUUGAGGCAACAUUUAAAGGAUUCUUCAGUAGCAAGACGAGAUUAUUCGAAUUGUUAGCCGCAGGAAUACCAGAAUGGGGGCAUCUAUCUUGCAUUGACAUAGCAUUGGCCACAGGGAAUAAAAAGUUCCUUUCCAAGACUCCAACAAUCGAAUUAAGAAAUCACAUCUGGUCUAAAGAGGUGAGGCAUAGUUUAAAAAAAAAAAAAUGA